AUGAAGAGAAUUCUUAUUGCUGGUAUCAUUGCUGUGCUCACCAUUGUGACUGUAGAAUCUCUGAACUGUACGCAGUGCAAUUCAUUGAACAACACUUGUAACAGUUCUACUGCCUCUCAAUGUUCCAAUGACACCAACUCCAGCUGUACCAGCUCCAUGGUGAACUCCACUCUAGGAGGAAACAUCACUUUGUACGAGGAUAAGUCCUGCUCUGCAGAGGAGUGCAGUGAGGAGGAGAAAGUGAUUGCAGCCUUCACUGUCCAUGUGUCUGAUGGAAUGUACUUUCAGUUUGCGAGCCAAUGUUGCCGAGGAGAUGACUGCAACACCAAAAAUGCCUCUGCCCCUUCACUGGAAGAUGAGCUCGGUAAUACGGUGUGCCCUGCUUGUUAUGGAUCUAAUGAAACUUCCUGUUCUGUGAAACAACGGAAAUGUUACAAAGAAGAACGGUGUGUGGACAUAGUUGCAAACUUUAGUAAUGGUAUCAACUCUAAAACACUUGUGCUAAAAGGCUGUUCAAAUGUCAAUGGCUCCACCUGUCAGUUCCUGUCUGCUUCAAACCACGAAUUUGGAGGAAUCACCUUUCAAAAGUUUGACUGUGUAGACAACUUCACUACCUUAACUCCCACCCCUCCCAAAUCCACCCAGACCACCACUCCCAACAUGGGCUCUAAAAUCUCUCUAACUCCCUUACUCCUUGCCAGUCUCCUCCUGUUUAAGCUACUGCUCUGA